CCUGAGUGUCAUUUCAUCUCUGAAGAUGACUGUAGUCUGGAUUCUUGUCUCAUCUCUUUGCAUAAUAUCAGCUCCAGCCCAAAGUUUGGAUCUUUCCCGACCAUCAUUUAUCUCAGUAAGGUCUGGUGAAUGUGUCACUCUUAACUGCACAUUGAUCGGGAGUUCAUUAGAUCUUGUCAUUUGGUACAAACAAAUAUUUGGAGAGAUGCCUCAAAAAGUGGGAGAAGGAUUAGCAUAUAAGGAUGUCAAAAUCAGCCCCGAGUUCAAAACAUCUGGAUAUAAAAUGGAGACGACUGAUAGCGGCAUUUCUCUGACAAUUUCACAUAUAAAAAAAGAACAUGGAGGACUUUACUACUGUGGACAAUUGAGCUGGGAAAAUGUAGCUGUUAAUCUAUCCAGAGGAACUUUCUUGGAUGUAACAGAUGAGAGAGAUAUAAGCGUCUCAGUGUUCCAGAGCGGCGUGUCAGACUCGGUUCCUGCAGGAGUGUCAGUGACUCUGCAGUGCUCGGUUCUCUCUGAGAGCAGAUCAGCAGAACUCCAAGUGCUCUGGUUCAGAGCUGCUCCACCACAAUCCCAUCCUCAAAUCAUUUACACUCAUCACAACAGCAGCCAUCAGUGUGAGAGCGGCUCUUCUACACACACCUGUGUGUACAACUUCUCCAAGAACAUCCUCAGCCUCAGUGAUACUGGAACUUACUACUGCGCUGUGUCCGUGUGUGGGAAGAUCAUUUUUGGGAACGGGACACAAGUACAAUUGAAAUCUGUGGAUCCUGCAGUGAUCUGCCUCGCUGUAGCUUUGGUUGUGUGCGUGGUUGUGAUCUCUAUUCAAGCUCUGUUAUUCUGUAAGUGGAGAACCCAUGAACAACACACAAACAAACAAAACACUAAGAGAAGACCUAAGAAAACAAGCACUCAGGACCGUGACUCUGUGGAGCUGAAUUAUGCUGCCUUACAUUUUAAAGAAAAGAAAACCAAAACAGGGAGAGAAAAGAGAAAACAACCUCAAGACAGUGUGUACUCUGAAGUCAGAUCUCUCACCACUACCUAGAUUAUGUCUUCAUAAUUUUUUUGUUGUUGUUUUUUUCUGUCUGUUCAGGAAUAAAGUUUAAACUGGUGGUUUGCUCAUUUCAUUUUAAUUUGACUGACAUAAAAAACGUAUUGUGAUCAGAUAUUAAUUGUAAUCUUUCUGUGUUUACCAAUUUGAAAAAGCCUGAUAAAAUGAAAUAAAAAAGGUUUCUUCUGAUCUAUUAUGUUUUAGCAUUUCGGCAAAAAAGACAAAUCAGUAUGUGCGUUAUGCAACUUUACUAUGUGUAUCUGUAUAUGUUUAGUGCUCUAAAUGUCUGUAUUUUUGGACCUCAAUUCCACAUGGACGUUCUCACUGUGGUUGCUGGGACUACAGUUGCUGCAAUGGCCUUAGGACUGCAAUUACCACAUACAGUUUUGCACUCAGGUCUCUUUUAGUGAACAGUGGACUAGUUCAACAAACAGACUUCAUAUAAAAACCAUAAUUAAUUUUCUUUUACUUUCACACUAUCCGUUCUUACCCAGAUGACGACGGGUUCCCUUCUGAGUCCGGUUCCUCUCAAGGUUUCUUCCUCAGAUCAUCUUAGGGAGUUUUUCCUCACCACAGUCGCCACCGGCUCGCUCAAUAGGGAUAA